GAGCGUCUGCCGGUUGCUGACAUGGUCAUAGCGAGCUGUGAGUUCAUGUUUGAGGAAACCAGAAACUAUGUAAUGCAGCGGAAGGCUUUCUGCAAAACAGUCGCUCACCUUCAGACUGUGCAGCACAAGCUAGCAGAGCUAAAGACUGAGAUCUGUGUGGGUCGAGCCUUCCUGGAAAACUGCCUUGACCUCCACUCAGUGCCUGCAGCUCCACGGAGGCUGGGGGGCAUUUGUGGACUCGCGAGUUCAGCCUAUCUACAGAGGAACCAAUGAGAUCAUGAAAGAGCCCAUCGCCGCACCAUCAUCAGCCAGAAAUGAAAUGCAAUCACGAACUGCUUCAAAACUUCCUACUAUUGUUUAAUCAUAACUGAAUUCUUCAUUUAUGUGAUGGUGUUAAAGCAAAACUGUGCUGUUGGUACAAAUCUACUUCAAAAACUUAGGAUAAUACAUAAAAAGACUGUCAUCGACAUACUGAUGACAGCUGUGAUGUAAAUAAAAUUAAAAUCUUGAUAUCAUAUUAAUGAUACUAUAAUAGAUAAUCCAGGCCCAUCUUUUGCCACUACCUUUUCUACCUACCAGAAAAACCAAAACAGACUGCAGUAACCAGAGCCCCUGAGUAGUAAGCCUAGUUAGAGAUGGUGAGUUAAGUGGACAAAAACUGGCCAAUAUAUCAAUAUCGGCAGAUAAAUAAAAAUGAUGAUGUAAUCCCUGAUAAGAGUUAGUUAUUGAUGUAGACGGAGGAAUAAACACACGUGGGGCAUCAGCUUUCACGGGAAUAUACACACCAAUGUGACUUUAUUAAACUCUCGCGUAUGCGCUGCAACAUAACAAGAUAUGUCCUUUCAAAAUAAAAUCCCAACAGAUGACGGUAUGAGGGCAUACCUAUUAACUAGUCCAACAAUACGACCAAGAGCAAGAUAAAUAAAAAUGACGAGUGCUGGCUCUGCAUAGUUUGUGACAGCAUUGUUUGGUAUGUUUGUCACAAAAAUCAACCAGCUGAACUAGGUAGAGAAUAAAUGAGAAAAUAAGUAACCACACAAGAAAUGUUAAAGUAAUCUGUUUAUGUUUUGUGUGUCUGAAAGAAGAAAAAGAGAAAAAAAUAUAGCUUUAAGCAGCUAUAAGCAUAAAAUUAAGAAAUUGAUUUUAAAAAAUAAUAAUUUUGCUCAAAUAAUAUUUGUUUAAAUUAUGGAAUAAUGUUUCAAAACAGCUAAUUGGGGUCCAGUGAGAAAAGACUGAUUGAAGAAUUAAAUGUAGCUAGCUAUAUAGCUAGCCAAAUUAUGUUAAAGCUUCAUUGGGAAACUAUUUGCAUUUUGUUAUCAGUUACUGUGGGACUGUUUGAACUAGGUCAACCAAAUUUUGAUAUAUUAAACUUAAACCGAUCUAUUUUUGCCUGUGCACUUUAAAGAUCACUCCAUAUCUUUCACAGUGUUUAAAUAAGAAGCUGGUGUUAGAGAUGCUAUAUUAUCUCUCUAUAUUUCACCAUAUGACAGGAAGAAUGCAAUAAACAAAUAAAGCCAAAUAAACCACCAGA